AUGGUCGAGCAUCUAAUCGACAGCAAAGCCAUCGGGGAAAUCCACACACCAGAAACUUCAGUCCUCCUGGCGAACCCUCAAACAUUGGCUUCAGAGAAGAAUGCUUCAGUGCCAAAAGAUCGAGUCCCAGCAGAAGAGUUCACUCCAAUCCUUACCCCCACCAAGGAGUCUCCAACACCAAAAUUCUGGAGCCACAAUAUGCUCAAAAGCCCGGAGGACAAAGACAUCAUCGUACACUACUGCAAAACGCUCAAGAGCAGCGAAGAAGUCUCGCGUCUCUUUUUAAACGAUGAAAUAUUAGGAUUCGACAUGGAAUGGAAAGCCCAGGCCUCGGGAUGGGACAGCAUCCAGAGUAACGUGUCCCUAAUCCAAGUCGCAAACAGAGAACGAAUUGCUCUCUUCCACAUUGCUCUCUUCAGACCAAACAAGAAACUCAGCGAUCUGGUCCCCCCUACCCUGAAACAAAUCAUUGAGACUCCGAACAUCACGAAACUCGGAGUUUCAAUCAAAGCAGACUGUACCCGUCUCCGCAAGUUUCUCAAAAUCGACGCACAUGGGAUCUUCGAACUUAGCCAUCUCCAUAAAUUGGUUAAAUACUGCCAAUCCAACCCGAAACUCAUCAAUAAGCGACCCGUCAACCUAAGUGAGCAGGUGGAAGAGCAUUUGGGAUUGCCGUUGGAGAAAGUCGAAGAUGUCCGUUGCAGUGAUUGGACAGUAUCCUUGAACUACCGCCAAGUGCAAUAUGCUGCAUCCGACUCGUAUGCAUGCGUCUGCCUGUUUGAUACUAUGAAUGCGAAGCGGAAAGCGCUCGACCCUAGGCCUCCUUUGCCUGCUCAUGCGGAUCUAGAUCGUCCUAUUCGCAUAGUAUGUGAGCCUCCGGUGGCUACGGACCCGAAUGAUGUCGAAGUGGUUAAGCCUUAG